GGAUGCCCGAAAGCUGGGGUUUCUAGGGUGUUUCCAAUUGUGGAAAGCCACAGGAUCCUGUACUUAGGGUCCAUCAUUUGUCGUUGGAGCUGACCCGAGCUGGAUCCAUGGAUGUCUCCAAAAUGACAAGUCUGAAUUGUGACGUUUCCAAGGUGAAGAAAAGGGCAUUUUAUGCCCGGUAAAAUGCACAUGUGACGGCGAAAAGGUGAAGCACAGCAAGGUAGCUGCUGGUCGGUGAGUUGCUUCCAACUGCUUGUCACCUUACAGAAGCAACCAACACCUACACCUCGCCAUCCUCCACAACCUUGUCGUUAGCCUGAUGAAUGCAUUCAGGUUCAAAGAUCGCCCGCUUACUGAAUGGAAUCAACAAAAUAGUACUCCUUGGCUGGCUCUGUACGAGCUAUGGCCUAGCAAAGGUUGAGCUGAUCAAGGCAAGCAGCAACUGCGUAUCCCUCACGUGGACGCAAAAGGAUUGAGAUAGUGAAUACUUGAUAGUUGUCAAGUCGAUAAUUUUAAUUUUGUAAGGGAAUACGGUCAGAAAACGUUACGAUACUGCUCAUCUAGCUCCUGACUAUUGCCGUAGGACAUGGACCAUGGUUCACGUUCUUGGUUGUGACCACUUGCCUCACCUCGUCUACUCGCACACCACAACACAAGGAUCUCGUCCUCUUCCGAUCUUCCCAAGUCAGUACAAGGAUAGAGGGCAGCUCACCACUUGCCUGCCCCCACGCACCAAAACCGACUUCAUUCUCAGAUGGGAUGGGCUCCCUUGAGAGAGUGCUCCAGGGGCCCGAACCUAUCAGAAUAUCCGUUCAUCGUUGACUCCUACAUCACGAGCCGAUCUCAGGACGAUUGUGACGCACUCAUAUCGAACAAAUACCAGUUUUUAAUAGCAACGUAGUGAGAGCAUGGCUGUCAUGCGGCAGCGUUACAUGGCACAUUUCCCGAUGCUCUGUGCUCAAGGCGCCACAACCCAGACGUGUUCAGACAUGGAGGACAGUGGCCAUACGCUUCCUGCAGUCGCUGUCGUGGAACGACCUCGGCCACAAUCAUAGAUGCCAUCUGCACUUUACGGGCUCUGCCGUACCUGAACAGAAGCAAUGUGUCUACGUGCAUCGGACAUUGGGCCAAGAUCUGCAACGAAGCAGCCCUCAAGAGCCUUUCUUGACGCGAGUCUGUCUAUCUCCCGUGGAUAAUGUUGAUCAAUGUUUGCCCAUGGAGCUCUACACAUAUCUCGAAACCAGCAGGCAAACGGAAAUGUUCAGAGCACGUCGAGCUUAUAAACGGUUAGCUGCCAGCAGGGUUUUUGAAAGUCAAGUCGCUGGCAAAGAGGUCAAAGCCAGUGUCCUGAAAAGAGCUACCAGUCAGGAUACCCCACCUAUGCGUGUCCAUCAACGUUUCUGCCGUCAUAGCCAACUCGGCCAACUGGACUAGUCCCCAAGUUGGCCAUGGCACCGGACCUGGUCUCAGACGGCAAAACCCUGCCUGCAGGGCUGGGCUUGAUCGAGGGACGUGCCCUUCCCGUUCGGCUUAGAGAUAGCGAUACUUGGAGCAGUUGAAGUUACUCUUUAAAAGGUAAGAUCAGGAAGAGAGUUAAUAACGUGGGUUUACCCUUAUCGUGCCCUCCAUUGUCUGGUCUGGACUUACCUCCAAACUUUCUCAGUUCCCUCGCAAAACUCUUCGCCUUCAAAUCUUGCCUGCACUCUAGACCAAAUCAAAGUUUACCGGGUUUUCGGACACUGGCUGUUCCUUUGUCUCUUGUUCCUCUCCAGCCUAGCCCAAACCUUACAACAUCGCUGAGACGAAACAUCUUCAUGAUCGAGUCGGUCACUCGAUUUUUACAUCGCGCCGACUUGUCGCAAGCUACAACCAGCUUGACUCUGCCAACAGUAGAACAUUUGCAUUGCGCUCCAUCUACACCUUGACCCAAUCCCGUAGCACAAGGGCCCUGGACCUCUCCAAUGCUAGCCGUUCAUCAUGAACGCGCAGGUAUCAUUUCUUGAUGGCACAUAUACGCUGAUUCACAUCCCUCUCAGCCUCUACUCGACCCUGCUCCAGCCAAUUCUCCGAGUACUUCUGCCACAAUCUCAGGGAACGGGAGGCCUGCGCGAUUCGCCCGAGUACGAGUUGCAGGGACUCACACCUGAUGGCCAGCAUGGCUUUCUGAAUAUUAGCAUCACUCCCCUUGAGUGUUCGGUUGUCUGUCACACCUCAUGGGCUCAAAAUGUCUUCGAGCCAGUCCUUAAAGCCAUGCCGCGCGACAUUGCGAAAACUGUUUCCGUUUCCAAAGAAUCCUAUAUGGUACUUUCAGUCAUAAGCGCUGGGCUUGAUGCAGGCGGUCGUGUGAUGGAAUUGACCUCUCCGCUAGCCCUCGCUGGUAUCCCCAUCUUCUUCAUCACGACCUAUUACUCAGACUUCAUCCUAGUCCCCACGAAAGAGCGGGAAAACGUGGUCAAGUCUCUCAUCGCAAAAGGCUUCGAGCUGUCCGACAACGAGUCCAACUUCAUCACUUCCGCUGCCAAUCACAAGCAGGGCACUGGGUUGUCUGCAACUUCUCCGCCACAUGAGGGCCUCCCUCUCAAUGUCGCUGAGUUGCAAACACGCAUUUUUGGUACACUUAAGAAGAGGCAUGUGGCACCCCAGAUUGAGGAAGCGCUUGAAUUGGUGCAAUGUUCAGGUCGCGAAGCAUCGCAGCUUGCAAACUUCACCCAUCAAAGGCCUUCAAUCAGCCGUCACGCAACAGGAAACGGCCGCCGACCAAGUUGGGCGGACAAUGUGGACACAAAGCUCUACACAUGCAUCAUCUCAGCGCUCGUCUCGCAGCCUCGAUUUAUGUCCGUCACUCUUGCUCAGGAUGACCCGCCAUCCCUCUUGCUCGACAAGAAUCUUCUCGACAUAUUUGGCGACUCCCUCGUCGGGGACACAGAUGCUAGCCUGAUACCGAUCUUCCUGGACUUGAAAACUCUUCCUCUGGAGGCCACGGGUAUUGUUUGCGGUGUCGCUGGUAUACUCGUACAAGACACCCAGAUAGCGGCGAGUUCUGAAUUAUCUUAUCUCUCGACUGCUCAGGCAGGUGCUGUGAUUCUUUCUGAAGAGCAGUCUGUCAGGGCUAUGGGUAUAUUGAAGCCAUUGCUCAGUGAAGAGCUAUGAUGCUUUGAGCUUGAUCAAUAUACUUGCGAUGGAAGAUAAGACUGUCACAAUGAUGUAAAAUUAUGGAAAGCUCACAAUCUAUGAGCAGAUGACCAAUGGCGCAACGGAGAUGGCGUUUGUUUUCUAAGAAGCCGGGCUGUUGGAUUUGUGUAAAAUCAUUAUCUGACUUGAGAAUUUUAGUAUUUUGUCAGGGGAAAAGUUCCUGGAGAUGUGCCUGGCUUCUACAUUGAUACCAUGUUAUAGUACCAAGUGAAACACUCUGUUGCUGAUGUUAUAAAUCCGUCUCCCAUACCGCGCAGCAUGCGCGUGGAAGUCCCACAGUUAUAUUUAAAUGGCCCUCAGUCGUUUUUGAGAUAUUGGACGUGAUCGAAGUUAGAUUAUUCGUAAGGCAUGGUGUGGGUUGAACCCCCGGCAAUCAUUACGCUCUGGGGUUGUCAAGCCCAUCACUUAAAAUACCGUAUUAUAAAGUACCUUCGGCCAGUACAUCGUUUCCCAUGGCAUUACACGUCUUUCAAGCUUAUCUUUGCCAAUUAUCGCCGUAUCUAGAACCCAGUCUCUUGAAGAUCAAACGGUAAGCUGACUUGAAGGAAAGGGUCACGAUAUCAGGACCUCAUUGCUCACUUCCCCCUUUUCUUCUCCUGCCUCUCUUCUUUUACCAACCCGGAUUUUACAAACCCGUCUCUAGCUACGGCAUUGAUGAGCGCAAACCUUCUAGGUCCUAGCUGAACACCGCCGUACCACCUCGUCACCACCACCAUGGCAUCCCAGAUAUCCAUGACCUGCAUCAGAUGCAACAUCCUUCCACCGGCAGCUGUCUCGCCAUCAUCAUCGCAGUCCUGGAAACUCGUAGCCCCGGGUCCACGGAUCCGCCAUGCUGUCAUGUUGUGCGUGGCGCUGCGUAUGCGUUUGUCUGAGGAGAGCAAGAGUUGGACGUAGUAUCGAGCCUGAUCAGGAGAAGUCACUCGUGCGACAUGUGCUAAGAAUGUUGAUUUUGACUCUGUCACAAGAUCGGAUAGAACCCAUUCCGGAGGAGGAAAGUCUGGUUGCUCGUAGUCUUCUUCUUCAGGUGUCGAUGGAGCUUGGGGCUCACUUUCAGGCUCUGGUUUCUGCUCCUCCGCACGCCGCGAAAACUCCUCCACGGCAUCGAAUAGACAAACCAGGCCCUCUUGAAAUACUUCGCCCAGAGCGUCUCGGAAGAGUGCCAGAUCACGAGCACCAGCGCCUUUGACACCACCGGAACUGUGGUGUGUACUGAGAGCACUGGGGGGCUUAGAGGGGUAAUCAGACGGGAAUUUCAGACGCAGAGAGGAUGCAUCGCCUGGCAGUUUGAGAAUAAAUACAGAGGAGUCGUCUUCUGUCGGGACGAGGCUGUCGUCGCCGUAGAUGGAAUUAAUUGCUUCAACUUCAUCCUGAAGUUCUUCGGACAUUGUUCGGGCAGUGAGGGGUUGAUUGAAAGGAGGUUGAGGGCCUUGAGUUUUCAGUUUGUUAAAACCGUCCUAAACUUUAUGAUAGAUUUCAAGCAAGAGUAUAUUUGAGAUUGCUUUAAGAAAAAACUCACAUUAG